UGAUAAUAAAUAGUGAUGACCGCUAAUGACCCACGUCCUACUUACUGUAUAUUUAUAUAUAAUGGAAACCAACUGGUGACAUUGAGAUCAAAAUUUACACGACACUCGAAACAGUUGACAGCUUGUGGACUAUUAUUUUCUGUACAUUGUGAUUGGCAUGAUAAUUUUGGACCGUGGUAUGUUCCUACUAAAGGUGAACCAUGGCCAAGGCCAAAAGAAAGAAUUUUACAUGACGGAUAUUUAUUUCUACGCUCGACAAAUUUUAAUAUCGAUAUUCCUGAAGAUUGUGAAAUCUUAAAUGAAGCGAGAAAUCGAUACAAUACAAUAAUCAGAAAUGAAGGAAUACUUGGAGCUUACUCAACGCUGCAGCACAAAGCAGAUGUACAUAAUUCCAGCCAAAAUAGUAUAUUGUUUAGAGGAAUGCUCCAACGACUUCAUAUUACUGUCACUGAAACCUGUCAUCAACAAAUUCCUCAUCUAUACAUGAAUGAAAGCUAUAAACUUUUAAUAAUGAAAAAUACUGCUGAACUUACUGCACCAACUGUAUGGGGAGCUUUACAUGGGUUGGAAACAUUUUCUCAACUAUUAACACCUUCUGGACAAGGAUCUAAUCUAUCAGUGAGACUACAAGAAAUCAAAGAUAAACCUCUAAUGUCUCAUCGAGGUCUUCUUCUAGACACAUCACGACACUGGUUAUCACUUGCUGAUAUAAUGAAAACAUUGGACGGAAUGUCUUAUAACAAGUUGAAUGUUCUUCAUUGGCACAUUGUAGAUGACAACAGUUUUCCUUAUCAGAGCCUUGCAUUUCCUGAACUGUCUCAAAAAGGUGCUUGGUUUCCAUCGAUGAUUUAUACACCUAACGACAUCAGGAGUAUCAUUGAGUACGCAAGACUACGUGGUAUUCGUGUAAUUCCAGAAUUUGAUUCACCUGGACAUGUUGCAUCAUGGGGAGAGUCACAUCCAGAACUUUUAACAACUUGUUAUGAUGAUUUUGGUAAACCCAAUGGAAAAUUAGGACCAAUCAAUCCAAUAAACUCAGCUAUAUGGCCAUUUUUAACAACAUUAUUUAAUGAAAUUAUGGAUUUGUUUCCUGAUAAUUACAUACACGUGGGUGGUGAUGAGGUACUUUUUGAUUGUUGGAAAAGUAAUCCUGAUAUCCUUGCAUAUAUGCAAGCAAAUGGUAUGAAAAAAAAUUUUGAGCAACUUGAAAGUUAUUACAUAGCAGAACUUCUCAAAAUUCCAUCUACUUACAACAGAAGUUCCAUCGUUUGGCAAGAAGUAUUUGAUAAUGGUGUAGUUCUUUCAUCAGACAUAGCUGUUCAUGUUUGGAAAAUAAAUGAUUGGCAAAAUGAAAUGACCCAAGCAACCAAUGCAGGUCAUCCAGUGCUUUUGUCAUCUUGUUGGUAUCUGGAUCAUGUUGCAGGUGGUGGUGAUUGGAUUAAAUAUUAUUUGUGUGAUCCUUUUGCAUUUGAUGGCUCUGAUAAAGUUAAAAACUUGGUACUCGGUGGAGAAGCUUGUAUGUGGAGUGAAUUUGUCGACAGCACCAAUAUUCAUCAAAGAAUUUGGCCUCGUGCAAGUGCUGUAGCAGAAAGACUCUGGAGUUCUAAUGUUGACACUGUAGACCAUGCAGCUCAACGCCUUGAAGAGCAUGCAUGUCGUAUGAGAAAACGGAGCAUUGCUGCACAGCCUCCUAAUGGACCUAGCGUCUGCCUCACUUAAUUAUUAUAAAAUAAUUUUGUAAUUUUUUUUUUUUAUACAUUUUAAUUGGAUGAAACUCAAUAAAAUAGACUUUAUGUACUUAUA